AUGGACUCCAUAGACAAGAAAGUUCAUGAGAAAUUAGAUGAAGAAGAACUUGAAGAUACAGUAGAGAAUGCUAAACCUUUGUUUGAAGAAGAAGUUGGAAAAAUGUGCGAAAAACAAUUAGAACAUGAACGUGAGUUAUGUUAUGGUUAUAGAGAUUCUCCAUACGAACUAGACCAAUGGGAACAAGAAAAAUUAAAGAGAGAAUUUAGAGAAUAUGAACUCGCUAAGAUAGCAUUAGAAGCUGCAGAAAAGAAGUUAAAAGUUUGGGGUUGUUUUGUACAAAAAUAUUGUGAGUAA